AUGGGUGCCGCCGCCAAGGAUGCCCGGGUCAGCCUCGCCAUCUCAGAGGCGUACGUCGACGACGGCUGCGACGGCGUCGACACCCAGUCGCCUAAGUGUCCGAAGAUCACCAUCUCCGACAAGCUGAGGAAGCUCCCGGCGAAGUCGCGGGAGGGUGUUCGGGCGGAGCAGGCCCUGUUCAAAGCCCACCCGGGCUUUGCAGGGUUCCCGAAAAUGAACGGGACCUUCAGCGUCUACCGGCUGGACAUCCUCCAUCUCUUUCUCGUCAACCGGUUCGGCCCGAAGAGGGACCUCACGGUGGACGACUACCUCUACCUGAGGAAGCUCCCGGCGAAGUCGCGGGAGGGUGUUCUUCCAUAUGUAGGUGUUCUUCCUCUGGGCAACAUAUCUCUUGCUCAGCAGAUCCAGCAGGUGAUGGACACGUUUCAGCAGUUCAUUAUCACCAUGGGGGAGGUUGCAGCAAAAAGUCUGGUUUCCAACUCCAUAUUCUAUAUUUUGAUUGGGAGCAACGACUACAUACACUACUAUCUCCUAAAUGAAUCCAAAGUGCAAUCCUUGUACCUGCCUUGGAGCUUCAACCAGUUCCUAGGUCGUGUUGCUAUACUUGUAUUGCAGAAUCUGUACACUGCAAAUGUGAGAAAUGUGGUUGUAAUGGGACUAGCUCCUCUGGGAUGUGCCCCUUAUUACUUAUGGCUGUAUGAGAGCGAGAAUGGAGAGUGUGUAGAGAUGAUAAACGACAUGAUAGUGGAGUUCAACUAUGCUAUGAGAUACAUGGUCGAAAAACUCAACCACGAGCUUGAAGGGGCCAACAUUGUCUUCUGCGAUGCAUUUGAAGGCUCAAUGGACAUAAUGAAGAACUCUGAUCGUUAUGGGUUUAAUGUCACGAAUGAUGCAUGCUGCGGCCUAGGCCAUUAUCAGGGUUGGAUACUGUGCAUAUCUUCUGACAUGGCUUGCUCGAACGCCUCUAGUCAUAUAUGGUGGGAUCAGUGUCAUCCAACGGGAGCUGUCAACGAGAUCCUUGCUGAUAUUAUCUGGUCUGGCCUCCAUGUCAACAUGUGCUACCCCAUGAAUUUGCAGGAGAUGAAGCUGAGAUGCCGUUCUAACUAUGAGGCCCUUUGCUACAUCCCCGAGAUUGAAGAGUUCUGAAAGAAACUGGUUGAGCGCCUCAGAGGCGAAGACGUACCUUACAUUGCUCUUCACUUGAGGUACGAGAAAGACAUGCUUGCGUUCACUAGGUGCAACCACAAUCUUAGCUCCUCUGGAAGCAGAGGAGCUUCGCGAGAUGAGGUACAACGUGAAGCAUUGGAAGGAGAAGGAGAUCAACAGCAAAGAGAGACGGUUGCAGGGAGACUGCCCCAUGUCUCAAAGAGAGGCAGCUUUCUUGCUCAAGGCGAUGGGGAAUCCUUCUUCAACGAAAAUCUACAUCGUUGCAGGAGGAAUAUACGGAAACAACAGCAUGGACGUGCUACGCAAGGAGUAUCCAAAUGUGUUCUCUCAUUCAACCCUGGCGACAAAGCAACAACUGGAGCCCUCCAAGCCUUUUUAAUGAAAAAAUGUGUAGUUUAGUGUAAUUUUGUAAGACAAUCUUAUCUUUAUAUAUUUUUGUUAAA